AUGAACGAAUAAUUCAAUUAGGCUCAUUAUGAUAUAAAACAAUAGAUUACACAUUAUGAGCAUGACUUGGAUCAUUUUUGGACAACUCUAACAGGGUAACAAAUACAACAUUAAAUUAAGGGCUGUUGUUCUAAUUAUGCAGUUGGGGUUUGCAUUUCUAGAGGGUGGGUGUGUACGAUAUCGGAACAUUCAAAGUAUCAUUAUCAAAGUUUAUGCUAACACAGCAAUAAGCAUAAUUAUGAUGUGGAUAGUAUGAAUAAGUUAAAAAUUAGGUUGGCUAUGGAUUAAUGAUGGGUAAAACUAACGACUCAUAAUUUAAUGGGAUAAGUGGCUUUGCAGGUUUCAGAUUUAAAGAUCAUCCUGAAUCUUAUGCCGAUUUUGUAUUUAACACGGCAUUGGCUGCUGCAGCUAACAGUAUCGUAUCUGGAGGAGCAGCUGAAAGAAUGUCAAUACCUGGUUAUAUUGCUCUGAGUGCAUUAUUUUCUGGUUUUAUUUAUCCUAUUUGUAUUCAUUGGGCAUAUAAAGGAUGGUUAUAUGAUUUGGGUUAUCAUGAUUUUGCUGGAAGUGGAGCAAUCCAUUUAACAGCUGGAAUUGGAGCUCUCGUUGUCACUUAUAUGCUUCGGCCAAGAACUAAUAGAUUUAAUCCUUAGUUUGAAUCGUAAUUUAAGCCUUCAAAUACUACUUUUAUUUGUUUAUCCUGUUUGACUUUAUACAUGGCUUGGAUGUGCUUCAAUUCAGGAUCUACUUUAGCGUUGUCUGAUGGUUCAGUCUUCACUGUUGGAAAUUCAAUUGCUAACACAAUGGUAGGUGGUGCGAGUGGAGGAUUAUUUGUGUUCUUUUAUCAUUAUUUUACUAACAGAAACACUGAUAAUCGUUUUAGUUUAGUGAUGGUUUGUAAUGGCAAUUUGGCAGGCCUAGUAGCAGUAACAGGGUAAAAGUUAAUUAUGAUUUUUAAGAUCAAAUGAUGAAAUAGAAUAAUGGGCAGCCUUUUUGAUAGGGAUUAUUGGAGGAAUCAUAUAUAUCUUGGUGGCUAAAAUAUUACAUAAAUUACAAAUAGAUGAUCCUGUUGAUGCCAUUCCUAUUCAUGCUGGAUGUGGUUUAGCAGGAGCCAUGUGUCCAGGGUGGUUUGAUAGAAGAAGAGGAAUCUAUUAUGAAUGGGGUGCAUAUUAAUGGGGAGUUUAAGUGCUCGGUUGCGUAUGUUUUAUUGCAUGGUAAUUCCUUUAUGGUAAUUGAUAGGUCUGUAGCUUGGCAUUAUGUGGCUUGCAAAAUAUUGGAAAGACUGAAUUUGCUUAGAGUCCAUAAUAGCAUAGAAAUGGAAGGGUUAGAUCCAACGAUCUGUGGAGGACAUGCUUUCUUUUAUGAACCCGUAAGAGAAUAAGAAAUGAAAGAGCCCUAUUCAUUUUAAAGAGACAUUCAACAAUUAGAAUAAGUGAAAUUAAACGAAAUGGAAAUAGAUGAGAGAAAUCUAUCUAUUUUCAAAUAAGCUGAUAAAUGA